CCCCAAGAUUGCAUGUCGUGUUGUCGCGAUGUCAAGCCCCGCCUUUCCCAAAUAAUUUGUAUUAUGUCGGAGUCCUGGGGAUCCCGCCUGGAGAGGAACACAUGUGCUGUAGUACCCACACUCAGUUUGCUAAUUCUUGGUUUAUGUGGCUCUCAAAUGUUUUUGAUGGGGAUAUGAUCAUCCAGAUACAUCAGGAAGACUAGGACCUGCACAUAUGCCAAGAAGAAUGUACUUCUGAACUGUAUUUUUUUUCAUUUAGCAGGUGCAUUAAUUCUAAGGAAUCCCUGAUUGAGGAAGCUACAGAAAUACAAGAUCAAGGAUCGAUUCAGGUUUGGUGGCACUUUUCCCCCCACCAGUGAUGACAACGGAGAAGAACAAGGAUUUCUAGGGAAAAUACAAGUGGAUCACUUAUUGGGCAUGUUAAGGAUUCCUGAGUCCCCAAACAUGAAGGUGUUGUGUACCUGAUCAUAAGGCAUGAAAAGAAUUAUAAAGAAAAGAUUUUUGGCAUCUUCCUUCUGCUUUAUGGCUUUCUUUUUUCUCCUGAUCACUUUCCAGGUGGUUGUGGAACUGGGCAAGUCUGAACAGUUGACCUCAAAAAACUCAGUUUCACAAAACAAUGCUUUCAGAGAAGAUGAGUUCCAGAAAUACCCUCCCCUGUUUUUCAAAAAGCCAAAACCUGACUACAGUGCAGGAAAAAAAUUGCACAGAGGCACAUAUCCCGUUUUGCUCUGGUGGUCUCCGCUCACGGGAGAAUCUGGACGGCAGGCUCAGUGUGGCGAGGAUGUUUGCUUCUUUACCAUCAACAGGACUUACCAACACAAUCCUAUCACUAAAGCCUUUCUUUUUUACGGUACUGAUUUCAGCAUACACAGCUUACCUCUGCCCCGUGCAGACUACCAUGACUGGGCUCUUUUUCACGAGGAGUCCCCCAAGAACAACUACAAGCUUUUCCAUCCUCCUGCCAUCACUUUGUUCAACCACACAGCCACUUUCAGCCGCCACUCACACCUACCGCUUACCACCCAGUAUCUUGAAAGUAUUGAGGCCUUGAGGUCCCUGAAGUACACAGUUUCUUUGCAAAAAAAGAACAGCUUGCGGAAGAGCCUUGCGCCUCUGGUCUAUGUACAAUCUGAUUGUGACCCUCCCUCUGAUAGAGACAACUACGUAAAGGAGCUGAUGGCUCACAUUGACAUUGAUUCCUACGGGGCUUGUUUGCAUAAUAGAGACCUUCCAGAUCAUCUCCGAAAUCCAUCCGCCAUGGACAGCGAUAGUUUUUACAAAAUACUCGCUCAGUAUAAAUUCGUCCUGGCUUUUGAGAAUUCCGUCUGUGAAGAUUAUAUCACUGAAAAACUCUGGAGGCCGCUGAAGCUGGGAGUCGUGCCUGUUUAUUAUGGCUCUCCCACUAUACAAGACUGGCUUCCAAGCAACAAGAGUGCCGUUCUCGUCACAGAUUUUCCACACCCAAAGGACUUGGCUCAGCAUAUCAAAGCUUUGGAUGCGGAUGACAAGAAAUAUAUGGCCUACCUUGAAUGGAAGUUGAAAGGUGACAUUUCCAACAGGCAACUGCUUGCUGUUAUCAAAGAACGCACAUGGGGAGUGCAGGAUAUCAUGAAAGACAACUACAUAGAUGCCUUUGAGUGCAUGGUGUGCACCAGGGUAUGGGAAAAUAUCAGGAGACAAGCAAAGGGAAUGCCACCAAGAAGAUGGAAGGCAAAAGCAAACCAUCUGAGCUGCCCCAGUCCUCAAGCAUUUGCCUUUUCUCCUCUCUCUGUGCAGAGAACUGUUCUCCAGGACGUGUGGAGAUCAAGCUUUGAACAAUCUAAGAGAGAAGCUCAUGCACUGCAGCAGCUGGUACAAAGGAAUAUCAAUUUCACAUACCAGGCAUUUUGGUCUAUGGUUUGGAGCCGUUUACCUUGAGUUUGUAUCUAUUUUUUGCCCAUGUAUUAUUGAGGCUGAAAUUUAAGUAGUCAUUGACAGGUAGGACAUUGUAGCAGACAAUUUUGUGCACUGUGCUUAGAUGUGAAUUGUAAAAGUGCUGGCACCAUUAUAGAGAGAAGGGAUCCCUUGGGUGCAAAUGCUUUGGCAGUAUUAAAAGGCGAUAAGCUUCCAUACCCAAAAA